AUUGGCUCUUCCAAUUCAAACCAUUCUGGGAUUCUUCAGCUUAUACAAGAGACAAUUUAUCCAAAUUGCAUUUGUUCCACCUCCUCUCCUGUGUCCCCAGAGCGCCACGAUGCCCUGUACGUUGUGGGAGCACUGGAUGAGACUUUGGAGCUGCGGGGGCUGCGGUACCACCCCAUCGACAUCGAGACCUCGGUGUCCCGAACCCACAGGAGCAUUGCUGAAUGCGCUGUGUUCACCUGGACCAACCUGCUGGUGGUGGUGGUGGAGCUGUGUGGCUGCGAGCAGGAGGCUCUGGAUUUGGUUCCUCUGGUUACCAACGUGGUCCUGGAGGAACACUACUUGAUUGUGGGGGUGGUGGUGGUGGUGGAUCCUGGAGUUAUCCCCAUCAAUUCCCGAGGGGAGAAACAACGGAUGCACCUCCGGGACAGUUUCCUGGCGGAUCAGCUGGACCCCAUUUACGUGGCCUACAACAUGUGAUGGGAGCACGGAGCGAUCAGGGUGGCUCUGGAAGUGAAGCUGGUGAAAAUUACUAAUACUUGAUCUAAAGUUUGAGCUUGCUGCCACAUUUCCCUCCCUCCCAUGCCGGGGGUUUGGGUGCUGGUGGGGAGAAGGAGAUGUGGGAAGCAGCAGCAAACGUUUUGUAACCGUUUACUGAACCAUGAGCUUUAGAGAACUGCAAAGUGGGAAAGUGUGUGAGCUACGAAAUCCCCAAGGCCUUUACAGUAGUGUGACUUUUUCACCCGUUGUACAUAUUUGUAUUUUUAUCUAAUCCCGGGUUAGGAUUCUAUAAGGGGAGGGUUUAUUUAGUUAAGAUAAUAAACUAUUAAGAAAAGGGUCAUCAGAGUUCUGCAGUUCCCUACUCCAUGAUCUGCUUUGCAUCUGGAGCUGUUCAUCCCACGGGAUCACAACACAAUUGUGCCAUGACCAAAUCAAUAACUUACAGAAUCAGAGUUACUUAUUCAUAUAGAGAUUUCUGGAAUUUAAAAAGAAUUUUGCCUAUAUUUUAAAUAUGUAAAUAUUAUUAUACAUAAUUCACUUAGCUAGAAAAAUUAACUUGGCUAGUGAGGACAGCUGAAGGUUGAUGUUUUUAAGGACAGGUGACUUUUGUGGUCCUCAGCAUCCUGGCAUUGGCUUAGACACAAUGUGAGAUGCUCCCACCUUCCCCAGGUUUCUGAUUUCAUUUGUAUCUUUAUUCUGGCCAGAAGUGUGUAGAACCCUUUGGUUUUAAGGUCCAUCUUUCUCCAGGAGGCUGAAUUCAGCAUGGAAUUGGGUAGAAACGGCCGUGCAAGUCCCCAAAGGAAGCGAGGGACAGCCUCUGCCCCAUCCUGUGGCAGCAGGUGUGGAAAGGAAAAACAUUCCUCAGGUGAAUUCCCUGCUCGUGCCAUUCCUUUGGGAUUCCCUCAGCUCCCUGCAGGCAGAGCAAGAGCCACUGUGAACAGGCUUUAGUGGAAACUGGGAGCAAACAAAAACGCUCUCCUCAAAGCAUUCCCUGAAAGAACAGGAGAAUUCCAGCUUUGAGUCAGACACAGUUUUAUUUUCCAGGGGGUUCUGGUUAAUUCUGGCAAAGACAUUGUUAAAUAAUAUUGUGAAAAUUGUUAUCCCAGCCUUCCUCAUCCUGUGCCAGCUCCAGCCUUAGGGAAUGGGAAGAAGGAGAAGCCUUAAAGCAGCAGGUACAAGCUCUUCCUGCUGGGAAGCAAUUCCACACGGGCUGGGGGAGAGCUGGUGGUUGAGCUUUGACUCAAAAUUAUCUCUUUUUUUUUAAAUUUUAUUUCAUUAAUUCUUCAUCUUUUAACAACAAUUACAUUUCUCUGGGUGCUAAUACAUGAUUUUGGAAGCCUUGGGAGCUGCUACCAGAUCCUGCAACAGGGUUUUUUUGAGUCAGAUGUGGUAUACAGUGUAAAUAAACUUUUCAAAUGUUCCAGAUUACCUCACACGAAGUUUUUAGGCAGUUUUUAAAAGGUUUAUGGUGUGGAUUUGGAAGAUCCUAUGGCAGUUACUGGAACAGAGUCCAGAGGAUCCACGAGCAAACCCCAGCUGUGUCCUUGAAAAGCUCCUGCUGCAUCCUGGUGGUUCCUCACUGAAAAACAGGAGCUUUAAAAACUCAGAUAAGAAGUUUCAAAUGUUAUUUUUGAAAAAAAAAAUAUUUGCUGUGGGAAUAGGAACUGGCAGUUUUGUGGCAGGUCUGGACUUAAGUUUCUUUGCAAACACUUUGGGUUUCAGGGGCACAUUUUGGAACCUCGUCUGUGUUUUCCACAGUAUCAACCAACACAGCAGAAUAUGCACAAAAUCUUCAAUAUUUUUAGUUUUUAACAAAUUGAACACAAAGUGAGGACAGUGGCAGGUCAAACUGUGUCUAAAACAGUUGGUCCUGCAGCUUAUUUUGGGUGUAGAGUGCAAAAAGGUUGUUCUCCCCUUUCAGCCAGAAAAUUCCUGUUAUUCCAUGUUCUUUGUCACCAUUUUUGUGUUUCCUGCACAGCCCAGACCCAGCUUCACUCCAGUGUGACCUUUCCAGGGAAAACUGGUGGUCUUGAACCUUUUUUCUUUACUCAAAGCUUUAGAUAAAUUGUUCCAACAAACACUUUUUGUCCACUGAAGUAGAUUUUAAGUCCAAUUCCAGCAUUGUCUUUUAUUUGUGAUUUUUCACAAAUAAAACAACAUGUGCAUGAAUUCCAUCAAAUGGAGAUGGAAUUCCUGAAAUGGCAUUUUUGAACAUGACUGGAUUGAUUUUUUAUUAUUUUUUUCUUUAUUUUUUUUUGGUUUGGAUAGGUACUGAUAGCUUCCUAUGGUUUGAGGUUUUAUCUUUCAAGUUUUCCCGUGCGCUCCAGAUCUUCCAGCACAUUCCAUUUCUGUGUGCUGGAGAGCUGCAGGACACAGCCCUGCCCAUGGGAUGAGAGAAGGUUCCAGGGACAAGGAGAAGCUGCUGAUUUUGGUUUCCCUGAAUUCCCUGGCGUUCCCCGAGUGCUUUGUCCAUGUUUUGGCACUGGGGAGGAGGAAGGACGGAGCUGGGGCUCUGGAAUCCCCAAAUUCCACCCCCAGGACUCGCCGUGAGCCUUCCACAGAUCAUUCCACUCCUUCCUCUGUAGCUGGGGAUGAUCUUUCUGUAUUUUUUGGGAACAAAGCAAGAUCCUUCACUCCAGGAUUUGGCAGGUGGGCAGGGCUGGGUGCUUUUCCCAAAGCCUCUCCCCACGGUGUGACUCUGCAGCUUGCACAGGGCACGUUAUUCUCUCCUCUUGCCCCUCAGGUUCCAACUUAACUGCAGUGAAACUGAAAAACUGGGAAUUCCUCCCCACUGGACUAAAAUAUUGUGUGUGUGUCUCGCUGUUUUCUGAAUCUUCUCCGAGCAAACGCUGUGGGAACAAGAGAGUUUUGUCCCCUUUUGUUAGAAUUUGCACUUCAUUUCUGGUUUAAAUCAAUUCAGCUGUGUCCUACUAACUGUCCUAAAAUCAGGUUAUAAAAACCAGAUCAAUUUUAGCCCUAGAUGCAUUUAUUUUGUUGGUUUUUUUUUUUUUUUUUGCUUUUAUUUCUGUCAACCUCUUUCCCAUUGUCCGAUUCAGACUCCGGCAUUCUGUAAUUAUGUAUAAAGGUUUUAUUUAUUUAAAAUUAGAUUAGUUACAUUUUUAAAUUUAACACCUGGCUGGACAGUGUCCCAUUAACGCAUUGAUUGUGUUUCCUUUGUCUUGUGUUAAUAAAUAUUGAUGCCUGGUUGCUUGUUUAGUCCUUCCA